AUGCAGCUCAGCUUACCAAUCGUCGACCCGACGCUUCUACAUCCUGAAAGGUACCUGCGUCCAUGCCCCUCGAUCAGCCAUUAUCAUCCUGAGCAGCAAGAUAUGAAGGGAGAGAUCCCAGAAGACGACCCACUGGCUCUGAUCUGGGGAGUAACCACCGUUAAGCCUUGCGAAAACGGCGUGAAGUGGCCCCAAAAUCUGGCGUGUUGCUCCCUGAGCAUAUCUGGGGAUGGGAGUGCGAAAAUGGGAAAUUGCAACUUGCCACAAUCAGCAUCUCUUCGGGCCUGGGUCGGGAAAACUCUCAUAGCCCACUCAGUACAUCCUGUCUGGGCAUAG